CUUAGCGCAUGCUCAGGCCUGUCAACAGUCGAAUGCCAUUAAAAAUACCGAAGUCGAUGAAAUUAUUGUUGAAAUUAAACUCAAUAUUUCAUUAUAUUAGACAGUUUUAACUCCGAAACAACUUAACGGCAACAACUAAAUAAAGAAGAAGUCCUCAAGCUUGUUUUCCGUGGAUUAUUUUAUGUGAAUAAGGCGUUGGCUACGCUGUUAAUCCGGCUGGCCCGGCUUGCAAAUUUGUGGUCAAUAAUAGAUGUUCCUCAACUACGGAUGUUGAACCGUCCAAGUUAAUCAGGAAGCAGAUGUCCACAGCGUGUCAAGUUUAGCAUGAAUAGUAAAUAUGUCAGGUAUUUUUUAAACUUUGUUUUAAAAAUAAUGUUUUGCUGCAUAAUAUUUAAUACUAUAAUCCAAUCUGAAUAAUGAUCUAUUUGUUACUGAUUAGUUGCUAGUUUCCUUUUCAAAACAAAUAUAUUUAAACUAAAAUGAAUAUGUAGUUCUGUGGCAUAAACUCAGUCAGUUUAGGUAGCAACAAUAACAGCAGCUGUGUGUACAAGAUACUACCUGAAUAUUUUGUAUUUUUCAUGUUGUUCUAUCUGCUACAUAUCGUAGUGACUUUAUUCAUUUACUCCGUCUAAUGCCAGAUGAUUGUACUUGUCAAGGGGAGAAUGCUAGUGCUCAAUGGGUUAUCAGACUAUCUGCCUGUGUGUCCAGUUAACCCAAUGAGUUGCAUUGCAUCCUAAUGUAUUCUACUUUAUUAUAUUACUCUCUGUAAUGCCAGACAAUUUACCUCUUGAAGGGGAGAGCAUUGGUGUUAAACCAGUCUAACAUCUUGACAAACAUUGAGCUAUUGAUAUUGGAAAAUAUAGGAGGCAAUUUUGAAUUAAAUACGACAUGCUCAGAUACUUUCCAAUGUCUUCCAUGAUGUUCAAAUGAGUCCAACCAAUGUACCCAACUGUUGAUAUGGGUUAUGUUUGAGCAAACUGUUGGACUAGCCUUCAACAUGUUUGCUGCAGAAAAAACUCAAGCAAUCUUUGGUUGGAAUUUAAUACUUGCAGGCCAAAGUAGCAAAUGCUUGUGUUUAGCAAUUAAUUUAGUUGUUUGAUUGAGUCAUUCCAGAAAACAUCCAUAUCUCCCCCACAGAAGAAAUUGGAAGUUAACCCCCGUACGUUUUAAUACACUUACUAUUAUCAGAAACAAAUUUUCCCCCCUCUCUCCGGACAUUAGAAAUUUCCUCCAUUGGGGGAGUGUGGACCUUUUCUGGAAUGACCCAUUGGACCAAUCAAUGGGCAAUUCCAGCUAUGGACUAAAUUUUGAAGAAAAGAAGAAAAAUAUCCAUCAUCACAGCUGGAAACAGCAUAUUAAAAUUAGUAAAAGUGCAAAGUUUGGUUGCAAAAUGUUGUAAGAUGUGGAAAAUAUAGCCCUGCGAAAUUUGCAAAUUAUGCACCAUUUUCGGACCAAAUGUGGUGCAUUUUCCCGCGCGUAAUGCAAGUUAUACAAAAUUUGCAAAUUUUGCAGGGCUGUAUUUUCCUCAUUUUACAACAUUUCGCUGCCAAACUUUGCAAUUUUAGGCGUAAAAAAAAUACCUGUGGUUCCGGUUCCGACCGACCCUAUUUUUUUCUGCCGACCCUAUUAUUUUUUCAACGUGAUUGCUGUGCAACCCUAUUUUCUCCAGGUGGUUGCGGGCUGCUCAUACAGCGUGCCAAAAUGGCGUCUGUUGUCACACUAAUUAUUGAACCAAAUUGCCUAAAUUCGUCCAUAGGAAAUACGCAUCGCUAGUUAAUAUUGAUGUCGGGACUAAUGCAAAUCGCCCAGCAAAAAAAAAACAUGAAAAAAAUAUUCAAAAAAAUUUUUAUUUCCGGCCUACCGACCCUAAUUUUUUCACAAUAUGAAACCGGAACCACAGGUAUUAUUUUUUUACGCCAUACCAAUUUUAACAUGCUCUUUCUAGCUGUGGUGAUGGAGUUUGAGGUUGCCCAGAUCAAAAUUUAGUCUACAGUUGGAAUUGCCCACUACCUUUCCGAAGUUAGGUUUGACACAUGAUUUAUAUGGCAUAUUGGUUGGUUAACCAUUAAGCUUCAGAGCUUCCCCAUUGAUGAGUAAAAUCGUCUGGCGUUAGACAAGUAAAAACAAAUAAGUAGGGUGCACUGGGGCGCAUUGCGGCUCAAUGGGUUAAUAUAUUUCUUAUUCUCCACAAACAGGAAAUACGUGGGUUGUAACAGCAGAUGAGAGGCAAAAACACGAGACAGCAUUUUUGUCACUCAAGCCAUCAAAUGGACGGAUAACAGGUACAUGUUAAAUUUGUUACUAAUAAGAUGCGAGUCAUGAUUGCUUGAAAGAAGUAUAAUUAUUUUGAUAUAGGUGAACAAGCAAAGAAAGUCUUUUUAUCUUCAAAUUUACCACCAGCUACAUUGGGUCAAAUAUGGUAAGUGAAGUAAAAUUUAGUUAUAAAAAUUUUUUUUAAAUUUUAUAAUUUUCUUGAAACUUAAGCCCUGGGCAAACUAGGAAACAUUGUUGCGGAAACAUUGUUUCCUACCAAUGUUUCGCCAUGUUUCCAAGAGUGGGCAAACACUAGGAAACAUAGUGAUAAACAUAGGGAACAUCAAAUGUUUCUGAAUUUGCUAGGAAACAUUUUUGCUUCUCGGGAAGCAAAUUUUGUUUCCGCAACAAUGUUUCCAGGGGUGGGCAAACAGGGAAACAUUUGAGGAAACAUCGAGAAUCACAAGUGUUUCCACAACAAUGUUUCCUAGUUUGCCCAGGGCUUUAAUGAAGAUGCUUUUCUCAUUUAGGAAUCUGUCAGACUUGGACAAGGAUGGUCAGAUGACCCAGCAAGAAUUCUCCAUUGCCAUGCAUCUGAUUCAAUGCAAACUGAAAGGCAUCAAUCUCCCCACCUCUCUCCCCCUCAGUCUCAAGACCUCAUCACGAGGCAAUGCAGGCGCAUCUCUACUUAACCCUAUUGAGAAUGGCUUCAAUACUCAAACAGCCAAUCAGAGCACAGGAUGGUCAUCGACCAUGUCAACUGGCCCGCAGUCACAGCCUGUGACAGGAUGGUCUGUAGGACUUGCCUCCAAUUUCCCCCCACCAUUACUCCCGGUGAACAACCAAAUGCAAGCCUCUGCUGCCCCGGCUACGUCAAGGCUUCCAAUAUCCUCUUCACAUAAUUUUACACCAAGUUUUGGGAUGCCAACAUCCAAUGGUCUUGGCAUGUCGUCAAUCUCCAUGACAACACCAAUGCCCUCGGUUAACCCAGCGAUGUCACCCAUGUCAAUGCCAGUAUCAUCAAUGUCGGGGGUGGGCCAACCAAUGAGACAACAUCCAGCUGCUAGGACCGGCUCAUUUACCAACAUGGCUCCUCAAGCUGGCCCGUCCGGGGAACCGACUAUUACUGCUAUCCCACCAAACUCGAGGCUCAAAUUUAAUCAACUGUUCAAAGCAAAUGAUUAUGAGAAGAAUGGGUUUUUAACUGGUAAGUUGCAAAAACAGUUGGUAGAUUUUUGGAUUUUAAGUGUUUUAUUUAAAUUGCAUUUUCACCACAAUUUUAUUUCUUUCCCUAGUAUUGUAAGCCGAGAAAAUUAAUUUUUGACCAAAUCAUGACAUUUGUCCAUUUGUUUCAGGGGAACAAGCCAGAAAGAUCUUCCUACAGUCUCUCUUGCCUCCACCAGUUCUUGCACAGAUUUGGUAAGACUUGGCAUAUACUGCACUGUUAUGAUGUUUCAAGCAUUAAAUGUUUUGUAACAUUAAUAAAUAUUAGGUUCCACUAUGAUCAUAAAGCUGAUAUAUCCCAAACUUUCACAUUAACUCAUUAAGGUGCAAUGUGCACAAAUGCACCAUGCUUGUUAUUUUACUCCAUCUAACGCCAGACAAUUUUACUUGUCAAGGGGAGAAUUGUGGUUUUAUGGGUUAACCAAAGAAUUUGUCAAAUGAAUGUGUCUUGUUAAACCAUUAAACUGCAUUAAUGCAUCCAAAAGCACCCUACUUUAUUAUUUUACUCUGUCUAAUGCCAGACAAUUUCACUUGGCAAGGAGAGAGUCUUGUGCUUUAAUGGGUUCAUAAGAAUGUUCUCGUUCCCCUAGGGAUCUUAGUGAUGUUGAUAAAGAUGGCCAUCUGAGCAUGGAGGAAUUUGCAAUUGGCAUGCAUCUUGUAGAGUCUGCUAAGAGCGGCAAGCCUCUCCCCCCUGUGCUACCUGCAAACUUACUACCACAGCAAUUCAAGAAAACUAUGUCUGAAAGUAUGGAGUCUGAAAACCUGGAGGGUAUGCCUGGAGGUCAGAUAACACGGCAGAGAUCUGUCAGCUCGUCAAGUGGCAAUGAUGAACUGGCUUUCUUGAGAUCAGGUAAAAGCAAAACCUUAAGAACAACAUGCUGGUUUUAUCAAUAUGCAUGUUUAUGCAUAUUGAUAAAAGGUAUUGCAGUCAUAUCUCUUGAUGUGUGGGAUUUGUGUUUUCAGAAACAUUCGAAGAUAAACGUAAACAAAACUUUGAGCGGGGAAGAUUAGAACUGGAAAGAAGACGUCAAGAAGUGGAGGAACAGAGAAAGAAACUGAAAGAAGAACAUGAACGGAAAGAAAGAUUAGAAGAAGAAAGAAGGCAGCGUGCUAAGUAAGGCUUCAGGCUUAACACCAGUUGGGGAAACUGGAAAGUUUAAAUACUGGACUGGUUUAUCUCGAUUAACUGCCUCACCCUAGUCCUAACUGCUUCAUACCAGGCUCUGAAAUUUGCAGUAUCCCAAUAUCCACGGGAUACUAAAAUUUGCUUUUGGAUGCCAAACUGUGAAUGACUUGUACCUCAACUGGAUACUAAGAAAAUUUUAAACAUUAGGAAAGUGUUAAGCACCUCUGAAAGUCUCCUGAUAGCUUUUGAAUUUACUAUGAGUUUGCCACUCAAGCCUUUCCUCAUAUUAUGUGAAUUUUUGUGUAUUAAUGAAUUGUCUAGUUGUUGACUGUUGAAUCUCCUGUUGUUAUUGUAAUUUGUAACUGUGAGAAUUAUGGAAAUUUGGAUGGGACAGGUUAUAACACUUUUGGUAACGGGUAUCCAGAAGUGGGAUACUGGAUUCUCAGGGGGAUACUAAACUUUGAAUCCUGCUAUCCCAGUUGGAUAGAAAAAAUGUCAAUUUCAGACCCUGUUCAUAUCAUCAUGUAGGAUAGAAGCAGAACAGAAGAGGCAAGCUGAGAUAGAGAAACAACGUAAACAACAGGAAGAAAUGGAGAGGGAACAAGAAGCGUUGAGAAAGAAAAUGAUACAGCAACGAUUGGUACGUACAAUAAACAAUAGAUAAGAUGUUUACGAGCAUGGUUCAGAUUUUGACUUGCCACUACCAAUAAACAGACCUGUGUAUUUAAUUUACCCAAUGGACCUUUAACCUUAUAACUAAAAUUUUGAUCUACUGUAGAAGUCUAGACAAAAAUUUCAUCACAGCUUGAAAGAGCAUCACAAGUACUAUUCCAAAGUUUCGUUGCGAAAUGUUGUAAAAUGCGGGUAAUAUAGCCCUGCGAAAUUUGCAAUUUUCAGAAUUUUGUAUUACAAACGGGAAAUUGAUGCCCCAACACCCGAUUGGGGUAUCAAUCUCCCGUUUGUAAUACAAAAUGACUGAAAAACGGCAAUCUUUGCAAGGCUAUAUUAUCCGCAUUUUACAACAUUUCUCAACGAAACUUUGGAAUAUUACUAAUUUUGUGAUGCUCUUUCAAGCUGUGAUGAAAUUUUUGUCUAGAUCAAAAUUUUAGUUAUAAGGUUAAAGGUUCAUUAAUCACUCCAACACAUACUGUACUAAGCUGGUGAGAAAAUUCUAUUUCAAAACCAUGCUCAGAGGUAUGAAAAAUCAGUUUCAUAUUAUUCUGACACUGCAAUAGACCAAUGAUACCUGAAGAUGUGAGUUCAAAUCCCACUCAAUUGCGCCAUGCAGUGUCAGAAUAAUAUGAAGCCGAUGAGAGGUAGUGCACUGUAAGUCAAAUCUGAAGCUCUCUAAUAUUGAAAUAGAGAACACAGUACAAUGGAGACUAUGAAAACGAGUAGUCUAUUUUGAUUGAAUGUUAUUUUGUGUUCAUUUCAGCAAGCUCAAAUAGAAGCAGAAAGACAACGGCAACUUGAAUGGGAAAAACGAAAGAAGGAAGAACUUUUAAAUCAUAAAAGUUUAGAAAAAGAUAUUGUGACAGGAUUACAAGUUAGGAAAGAUAAAAUGGUCUUAGAGAGAGAAAAUUUGGUAAGUAUGGCCACACCCCUUAUCAGCAGGGCUGCCAAGGGGGAGGUAGUUGGCAUUUUUAAAUACCCUAUGUUUGAAAUAUUUCUUAGGAGAAAAGAAUGGAAUCAUUGCGUGAAGACCUCAGAAAGCAGAAGAAGUUCUACACAGAUUGUAUUGCAGCAACCAAUGCUUUGAUUAAAUCACGCGAGAGAAAAAUUGCUGAGAUUGCUGAUAUAGAGAACAAAAGAAAAGUAAGAACUGGUCCUUCUUUUUUUGCUGAGACAGUUAAAUCGUAGUACUGUUACAGCGCAUCUACAGUAAGUGGGUCCACUUAGAGAACACUAACGAAUCAGAUUGCAUUUUUAUUGUGCAAGCUAGUAUCUAUCCUUUGUUUUUUUUUCUAGCUUUGUAAACAACAGUUACCAGGUCUUAGCAGUGAACAAGAUAGGUUGCAGAGAGAAUUGAACAAACACGAGUCAAGUAUCAUGGGUGAGUAUUGUACCUACUGUAUUUGUCACACGAGAAUGGACCAGGGAUAGUUAUAGUCAUUUAAUCUCUUGCAGACGAGUCGUAUGGCAAUGCUUUAUCCAGUAUUGAAGAUACAACCUGCGAUAUUCGAAGACAAGUGUCCAACAAAAGUAAUUUAACAAGCGAAUCGGAAACUAAGAGAAAAAUGAUGAUACAAUUGAAUGAUCAAUUAAAGGUAAGGCAUGAAACUGCAGUAUAAUAUAAUGCAAGGACCUCUAGGGAGAACAGUUUACAACUGAUUGAAAUAUUUAGUAUCAAUACAGUUAUAUUCGUUUAGUUUGAGUUCAGCAGUCCACCACUUCUAUGAAGUUGAUGUAGCCUGAGUAUCAUGCUUUAUAUUAAAGUAAAGUUUAUGUUUAGUACAGAUAAAACUAAAUGUAUCAUGAACAAUAGUAUAAUCAGAGCAGGGUUUGAUAGUCGGGCUAAAAUUGACGCGCUUACUUUAAUCGUGUGAACAGCAAAUCCGUGCAGAACUUCAAAAUCAAAUGGACGAGAAUGGUUCAUUACGACAGUCACUGGAGGUGAAGAAGAAUGAAUAUCAAGCAAUGAAACAGAGACAAGAGGAGGAACGCAAGAAAAGACAGGAAGAAGAAUUGAAAUUGAAGAGAGAAGCUGAACACAAAAGAAAGAAGGAAGAGGAGGAGAGAAAACAGAAAGAACGAGAAAUGGAAGGUGAGGGGCUUGGUCUGUGCGUAUUUACUGGGGGCUUAAACCCCCCUUAGAAUCUCUCUAACCCCUCUUACAAAGUGUUCAAACACACCAAAAUUUUGCUUCUUCCUAUUUUGCGUGAAAGACUUUAACCCAAACGUUUAACCCUGCCGAAGCUCACUGAGUGGUGCUACUUGCACCCCACCAGAGAAGUUUCUACCCCUCCUUUUAAAUAAAUGAAAAUCCACCCUUGACGAGGAUGAGAGAUUGAUGGGAGUUGCAACUCUAACUUGUGUUUGACCACCAACUCUCAUCAACAUUGAACUGGUUCAAAUAGCACUACCAAAUGCUUCGUUUUAUAUUAAAGAUUACAUGACAUUCAAUCUUCUGUAGCAAUGCGUCUUGAGCGGGAACGACAACGUCAAGAACAAGAGCGUAGACAAAAACUACAAGAACAGAAAAUGGAAGAAGAAAGACAGCGCACACUCCAGGAACAAACACGACUAGAGCUUGAAAGAAAACAGCAAGAACAACGUGCCGAAGAAGAAAACCGAAGAAAAUUACAAGAACAACAAAGACUUGAACAAGAGAGACAGAGACAGGAACAACAACGAUUAGAACAAGAACGGUAAGAGACCAUGGUGUAAUCACAAUACGCCCGCGCGGAAAGUACGCCAUCUUGGCAAUAGGGCGUCGUUUUCAUGGAUGUGUGCUUAUUUAAAGCCCAAUUUCUCAAACACGAAAACGAGGCUCAAUAGUCAAGGUGACAUACUUUCCGGGGGACUGGAAAUGUGUCUUUCUGAAAAUUGACAGUUUAUCGAUCGAAAGUAAUUCUUUUGAUGAGAGGUUUUCGACAAUUAUCAGAAAGUUUGGACUAAGGUUGAGGCGGUUUUUGAAUAGUUUUGAAAAAUUUCCUGUGGUUCCCCCUUUGCAUUUGACCAUUUUUUUUAAAAAACAGCAUCCCAUGUACUAACCACUUCGUGCACCAAUAAUUCUAGAUUUUUAGUUAAUUGAGCUUAGUUCAAAGUACCUCGUAUUAUCAUUAAUACGAUGUUGAGGUCUUCUUGCCCCCACAGGCAUAUCCGUAGUUCCAUCACACUAAACACUUUGUUUCUUCACAGGCAAAGACAACAAGAACAACAACGUGCUGAAAAGGAACGGCAACGCAAACUGCAAGAAGCGAACGAAGCCAAGAAACAAGUGCAAUUACGACAAGAAGAUCUCGUCAACAAAGACAAGAUCGUCCAAGAACAAGCGACCUUGGUAGCCAAGCCACGGAAGCCAACUAAACCAGCGCCUUAUAACAAAGCUGAGAAGGAAGCCGAAGUAAGGAAGAAAGUUCAGGAAAUGCAGAGGAUACGAAAUGAACAGAAAAAGGUAAGUAAACUCCUGUAUAUGCAACACCUAAUACCAUAUCCAAUGACACAGUA